GGUUCAUACGGAACGAGGUGCGUUCCUUUCCCCGUGGCGUCUGCGGACUACAACGUGUCCGACAAGAUGGCACUGUACAAUUUCAAGAAGAUUAUGGUGGUUCCCACCGCCAAGGACUUCAUCGACAUCACUUUAUCCAAAACUCAAAGGAAGACGCCCACGGUGGUGCACAAGCACUACGCCAUCCACCGCAUCCGUCACUUUUACAUGCGGAAGGUGAAGUUCACCCAGCAGAGCUACCACGACCGCCUCGCGCAGAUCCUCACCGACUUCCCCAUGCUCGCCGACAUCCAUCCGUUCUACGCCGAUCUGAUGAACGUGUUGUACGACAAAGACCAUUAUAAGCUGGCCUUGGGGCAGAUAAACAUCGCCAAGAAUUUGAUUGAUAAUGUUGCCAAAGACUACGUGCGUCUGAUGAAGUACGGAGAUUCUCUGUACCGCUGUAAACAGCUGAAGAGAGCCGCUCUGGGUCGCAUGUGCACCAUCCUGAAGCGACAGAAGUCCAGUCUGGAGUACCUGGAACAAGUGCGUCAGCAUCUGUCCCGUUUGCCGAGCAUCGACCCCAACACGAGGACCCUGCUUCUCUGCGGGUACCCCAACGUCGGCAAGUCCAGUUUCAUCAACAAGGUGACCAGAGCAGAUGUUGAUGUCCAGCCCUACGCGUUCACCACCAAGUCUCUGUUUGUGGGUCACAUGGACUACAGAUAUCUCCGCUGGCAGGUGGUGGACACCCCCGGUAUCCUGGACCACCCUCUGGAGGACAGGAACACCAUCGAGAUGCAGGCCAUCACGGCUCUGGCUCACCUGCGGGCGGCGGUCCUUUACAUCAUGGACGUGUCCGAGCAGUGCGGCCACAACCUGCAGGAACAGCUGGAGCUCUUCAACAGCAUCCGGCCGCUGUUCGCCAACAAGCCGCUCAUCAUUGUGGCCAACAAAUGUGACGUGAAGAAGAUCUCCGAGCUGCCGGAGGAGAACCAGAAAAUCUUUGCCGAUCUCACUACCGAGGGAAUCCCUGUGAUCGAGACCAGCACCCUGACCGAUGAGGGAGUCAUGCAAGUGAAAACCGAGGCAUGCGACCGGCUCCUCGCCCAUCGCGUCGACACCAAGAUGAAGGGCAAGAAGGUCCACGACGUCCUCAACCGGCUGCACCUGGCCAUGCCCUCCAAGAGGGACGAGAAGCCGAGGCCUCCGUUCAUCCCAGAAGGAGCCCUGACUCGCAAGAAGGCGAUGGAGGUGGACGCACCCAAGCGCAAAACGGAGCGAGAUCUGGAGAUUGAGCUCGGCGACGACUACAUUCUGGACCUGCAGAAAUACUGGGAUCUGAUGAACGAAGACGAGAAGAAUGACCGGAUCCCUGAGGUGUGGAACGGCCACAACAUCGCCGACUACAUUGAUCCCGAAAUCAUGAAGAAACUGGAGCUGCUGGAGAAGGAGGAGGAGCUGAAGGAGCAAGCCGGGGAGUACGACUCCGACGACGAGAGCGAGGACGAGGAGAUGCAGGAGAUCCGCGUUCUGGCCAAGCAGAUCCGCGAUAAGAAGCAGCUCAUGGUCGUGAUGUCCAAGGACAAGGACGUGCACAGGCCCCGCAUGCCCAGGACCGCCUCCAAGGUUGAAAGGAAGAAGCUGGAGAAGGAGAUGGGCGGCCUCGGUUUGGACAUGAAUGACAAGGACGAUAGCCACUACGCUGAACAGGCCCGGCGAUCCCGAAGCAUCACCAAGAAGCGAAAGCGCGAAGUUUCUGUCCCGCCGACCUCCAAAACUCGCAGCCAGAGCGCCUCCCGUCCACCACGAGACCAGUCCGGGCUACGAGAUCCAAAGAUGGCGAAGAAGGCGAAGAAGAUGAUGAAGAACUCCCAGAGAGACAUGAACCGCCAAGGCAAGAAGGGCGAGGCGGACCGACACGUGUUUGACCUCAAACCCAAACAUCUCCUGUCCGGGAAGAGGACAUCCGGCACCCACGAUUACAGAUAGAAUUAAUCAAUUUAAUAAAACACAAGUUGUUUUCUGGACUGUUGAGACCCGGGCGCUCCUUUGGAAAAGAGAGGCUCGGUGUCAACGUCUUCAUUCGAUACAUUUCCCCAGCAGUUUAAAAAAAAAAGAAAGGAACGUGAAAUGCAUUUCCUUUUUAUGGGAGGAAACUGGUCAUUCUUUUAUUUUUGUGACAUGGGAGCGUCGUCCUUGAGGAUGGCGGCGGCGAUAAAAAUAAAAAAAAACAUCUAUAAAGCUGCUGGGUAAAUCCACCAGACCCAUUUAAAUGAUUACUAAUUAUAAUAACAGUGUGUCUUUUUAUUUGUUGGCUGUCAGAAAAUGUAAAAGCAGAGACUCAUAAACCGGUUGUGUGCUUUGUGCACAUAAUAAACCGUCCCUUUUGUUGUGAGUACGCGAGAACAGUCAAAACAUGUUUGCAGUGCAAUUUGGGGAGGUUUCCAAACACCCACGACACAAUUUCGAAUAAUGGUCAUUUUUAUUUCCAGAAGAAAAAAGUAAAUAAUGCAAAGAACCUUUGAAAAUGGACACAUGUAGAAUAUGAAUGGGCAAAUGAAUAAAGCACACUAAAAAAACAAA